GAAGGCAAUAAUAGCCAGUUCCAACUUGGACAGAUAUUGCAAUUCGAUUUUCGCCCCGAGAGUUUUGUUCUUGGCACAGUUGACCCAACUCUCUUCUUCUGCUGAGUUUACUCAUCAAUCUCCUCCUGAUCUUUUUCUUCUCCGUGCGAAAUCUAGUUUCUAAGUAACUUAGCAAAAUGUCCGGGCAAAGUCAACGUUUGAAUGUUGUCCCCACAGUUACGAUGCUGGGAGUUAUUAAAGCUCGCCUUGUUGGAGCAACAAGAGGCCAUGCUUUGCUGAAAAAGAAAAGUGAUGCUUUGACUGUGCAAUUCCGUCAGAUUCUAAAGAAUAUAGUGUCAACAAAGGAAUCAAUGGGAGAUGUCAUGAAAGAAUCCUCCUUUGCACUGACUGAGGCAAAAUAUGCUGCUGGUGAGAACAUCAAGCACGUUGUCCUUGAAAAUGUCCAGAAUGCAACUCUUAAAGUUCGAUCUCGGCAGGAAAAUAUUGCCGGGGUGAAGCUCCCCAAGUUUGAACAUUUCUCUGAAGGAGAGACCAAGAAUGACCUGACUGGAUUAGCUAGA